AUGUCGCCCGUGGGGACACGUCUUGCCAAUGGGCUAUCCAGGUUGCCGCCAGAAAGCGCAGGAGGGUGUGCCGCUGUCGUCAAUGCCUGUGUUGAAGACUUGCUAGCAUCCGCAGCAAUGUCCAUCCUUGACACCACGAAGGAUCUGUCUGCUCUCUUUAGCCUCCAGGUCCAAACCACGCCGGAGGCCAUUGCAUUAGAUGACGGUACCACCAAGUACACCUACAGCGAGCUUGAGCAGAAGAUUGACGACCUUGCGGAAACCCUCAAGAGUCGUGGAGUUGCGAGAGACGUCCUUGUUGGCGUUCUCCUUCCGAGGAGCGCAGACUAUGUCAUAGCCUGUCUGGCAGCUUUGCGAGCGGGUGGCGCAUUCCUGGUGCUGGAGCUCGCAUACCCCCCAGAACUGCUCACAGAUGUGCUGAACGAUGCCAACCCGGCCGUGGUAGUAACGUACAGUUCCGAAGUUGGGAAGAUCAAAGACGGCGUUUCUCUGGUUGUUCUCGACGAAACCAGCAAUGGCGCGAAUGGGCACGCUGUCAAUGGGCACGCCGAUGGCAUUCCCAGCGACAACGAUCUGGACCGCCUGGCGUUCGUUGCCUAUUCCAGCGGAACGACGGGCAAGCCAAAGGGAAUUGUCAAUCCGCACAGAGCUGCGGUCCUGUCAUACGACCUGAGGUUCAGACUGUCCGAUCAGAAACCUGGAGAUCGUGUGGCCUGCAAUGUUUUCUUCAUCUGGGAGAUCUUGCGACCUCUCCUGCGAGGGGCUACAGUUGUGACUGUUCCGGAUGAGACCAGCUACGACCCGUCAGCUCUCGUAGACCUUUUGGCUUCAAUGAAAGUCACCGAGACGUUGAUGACGCCUACGCUGCUUGCUGCAGUACUGUCUCGACACCCACACAUUGGCGAGCGAGUACCAGAGCUGAGAACGCUAUGGCUGAACGGCGAAGUCGUGACCACAGAUCUGGCUCGACGAGCUAUGAAAGCUUUGCCCAAAGUCCGUCUUCUGAACGUCUACAGCGCUUGCGAGACGCACGAGAUUGCCUGUGGUGAUUUGGCAGAGAUGAUGGAUCCAGAUGCCAAUUACUGCCCGGUUGGCCCGCCUGUUGAGCCGCACAACGUUUAUGUGCUCGACGAGAGCGGGCAGAAGGUUGAGCCAGGUGCGACGGGAGAGCUCUUCGUCGGCGGAGACAUGUUGGCGCGAGGCUAUCUCAGCCGGCCCGAGACAACCGCUAAAGCUUUCACAAUGAACGAGUUCGACGACAGGGAAGGAGCACGGAAGUACCGCACUGGCGAUCUUGCGAAGAUGCUCCCGUCCGGACUACUUGAGAUCAGCGGUCGUGUGGGCUCAAUGAUCAAGCUGAGGGGAUACUCUGUUGUUCCAGGCAAGGUCGAGAACGCAAUUGUCAGCCACCUGGCCGUCAAACAAGCUGCCGUAGUCGCCCAUGGGGAGGGACUGGAUCGCCAACUCAUCGCUUACAUCGUCAAAGACUCAGAUGUCGCGGAAGAGCGGCCGGAGAUCGAUGUUGACAAUGCUGGCUACAGCCCAAAAGCUCGCAAGAUUCUUUCUGAGCAUCUUGCACAGUACAUGAUACCUGCUCUGUGGGCCGAGCUUGAUUCUCUUCCAACCCACGAAGUCUCUGGUAAAGUCGAUCUCGAGCGACUGCCGCCGCCAACACGGCCCCAUUCGCCCGCCAGCAAGAAAGAGGUCAAGGAUCCGAUCGGCAUUGACGCUGUCGCGGAAGUCUGGGCAGCUACGCUUAAGGUGCCACGAAAUAUCUUGAUGCCAGACCACAGCUUCUUCGACCUCGGAGGGCAUUCGCUCUCACUCGCCGAGCUCGCAGCGAAGCUCUCGAGAAGCUUCGGCUUCCGUGUUCCAGUUGCACGGCUUGCUGACCCAACGACGCUCAGCAGCCACGUGCAGACUCUCCGUGAUGUGAGAGACGGCCAGAUCGCAGCAGUUCAGGCAGACCUUCCAGCUGUCUUGCGAGCAGACUCGCAGCUUGACAAGGACAUUGAGCCAUCGAACGCAAAGAUCACCUCCCUCAAGGCGGCCGACAAUGUGCUUCUGACCGGCGCCACUGGCUUCUUGGGAGCCUUCUUGCUCAAUGACCUGCUGGAAGGCACAUCUGCUCAUAUCAUCUGUCUCGUCCGCUCUGCUGAACCGUCAGAGCACGAUGUCCCAGGCUGCAUCGCAAGAAUGAGGCGCAACUUGAUUGAUUUGGGCCUGUGGAGAGACUCGAUCAUGGAGCGGGUGACGAUCCUGCCUGGAAACCUGCAGCGGAAGCGCUUCGGCCUAUCGCCAGACACCUUCACGGAUCUCGCUGAGAAGGUUCAAGUCAUCAUCCACGCAGCAGCGAUGGUCAAUCUUGUCUACCCGUACGCUGCGCUGCGAGCGGACAACGUCGGCGGUACCCGCGAGAUCCUCCGCCUUGCUUGCCUUGCCGGUGCUACGGUCAACUACGUCUCGACCAACGGCGUACUUCCACCGUCAGCUUCUGGCUUCGGCUGGCCCGAGGACUCAAUGCUGUACGUUGAUGCUGUGCCGGAGAAGAUCAGCGACGGCUAUGGCCAGACGAAGUGGGCAGCGGAGCAACUCGUCUACGAAGCCGGUCGCCGUGGCCUGCCAGUCCGCAUUCUGCGAGCUGGCACAAUAUCUGGUCACAGUGCAACUGGCGCCGCCAACGCCUGGGACUUGCUCACAGCACUCUUCGUUGAAUCAGCCCGCAUUGGCUAUGCCCCCGAUGUUGAAGGCUGGAGAGCUGAAAUGACGCCCGUCGACUUCGUUUCCAAAGCCAUCGUUCAUUUGGGCAACCAGACCCAUGCUAAACAGCUUGUGUUCCACCUUGGCGACCCGGAUCCAGUAGACACGAAGCAGGUGUUUGAUGAUCUCGCCGAGCUGGGAUACCCAACCAAACCUUUGCCGUGGGAAGAGUGGGCGGAUCUCUGGACCGAGAAGCGAGGUGCUACUUCUGGUGGCGAUGGAGCCUUUACAGUAGACGUCCUGCGCGGCGGAAUGCCAAGCGUAGAGUUCUUGCAGGGUAUCGUGGUGCUCAACAACGCACAGACGCGGCCGUACCGUGCGAUCGUGGAGAGACCGAAGGUCGACAUCGUUCUACUCGAGACCUAUGCCCGCCACUGGUUCGCUCGUGGCUGGCUUCCACACCCACCCAAACUGCAGCUCGCGCUGGGUGGUGCAGCACAACCGGCUCGCAAGAGCAUCUUGACCGGUAAAGUCGCUGUGAUUACUGGCGCCUCGUCUGGUAUCGGUGCCGCCGUAGCCGUCGCUCUGGCACGAGAAGGCUGCCACAUCGCGCUCGCCGCUCGUCGUACGGACGCCCUCGAAUCCGUGAAGCGCCGUCUCGUGGUGCGUGAAGGAAAGGUGAUCACGAAGAAGACAGACGUCACCUCAAAGUCCGACGUCGACGCUCUGCUCCAGCUGGCUGAGACUGAGUUAGGGCCCGUGGACAUCCUGGUUUCUUGCGCGGGCGUGAUGUACUUCACCAUGAUGACCAACCCGGCCAACUUGGCACAAUGGGACCAGACCGUGGACGUGAACUGCAAAGGCCUGCUGCACUGCCUCUCCUCGACUGUCCCCAGCAUGCUGUCCCGCGGCGCUGGCCAUGUGGUCGCUAUCUCCUCUGACGCCGGGCGGAAGGUCUUUCCAGGUCUUGGUGUCUACAGCGCUUCCAAGUUCUUCGUUGAGGCUACGUUGCAGAGUCUGAGGUUGGAGACUGCAGGGAAGGGGUUGAGGGUCACGAGCGUGCAGCCUGGCAACACGGCGACGGACCUGUUGAAUAUGAGUUCCGACCAGGAGGCCAUCAAGCAGUACGGCGAGCCCAGCGGAGCGGCGAUACUGGAGGCUGAUGAUGUGGCAAAUGCAAUCGUGUAUGCUUUGAAGCAGCCUGAGCAUGUGGCGGUGAACGAAGUGCUGGUCGAGCCGAGAGAUGAGCCGAUAUGA